AACCCGCUGGUGGGCGGAUGGGGCUGCUACGGGCAGGUGCUGCCCGACCCCGCGGCGCCCGGACAGGACCCGCCGCGCUUCGUCCCCCGCCGCCUCCCGAAGCCCGUCGCGGAGAGAUGGACGCCCAGCGAAGCCGCCCCGCUGCCCCUGACGCCGCCCAACGCCGGCUGCAGGGUGCCCCCCGUGACUCCCCAGGAUAUCAUUUUGCAGGGAAGGAUGAUGCGCUCCUCGGAAGCCACCCACACUGGCGCUCAGGCUGCCCUGGGCUUUCCAGAUCAGCUGGGCGCCUUCUUUGUGGACUAUCCUGAUGUGGCCUUUGGCACCAUGGGCCGGCUCCUCCAGGACAACUUCUACCUGGGAGAUAAGUCAGUCCGGGGGGAAAAGCGGAGCAACGUCCGCCAGGUGAGCUCCCUGCUGAAGCACAUUGAUGCCCCUGAUGCCGUGAGCUGCAGCUUCUUUAGCGGCAAGAACAUCAUGCGCCAGUGCCGGGACUGGCUCUUUGAGCUCCCCCUGGAGCUGAUGGCCGACUGGCUGCACGAGGACCUGGCGGAGCAGUGGAGGCGCCUUUCCUUCGACGAGACCCCAACCGGGGGGGCCUUGGCCUGGCUCCCCAGAGAGGGCAGCAGGGGGCCAUCGCCCAGGGGCUGCCUGGUGUACCCCUCCGGGGAGGCCAUGAACCAGCUCUGCUUCCAAGACGUGGCUCUGAAGCCCACCGCCAGAGGCUCCCUGAGGCCUCGGAUCCGGGGCCUCCCUGCCCAGUUUGAGCUCAACGGCCGGGUCCAGCAAGUGGCAGCCGUCCAGGUGGACGGCAUUGACUUUGUCGGGGUGCGCUCAGAUUACCACUGCGGAGCAUGGAAGAUGAAGCCGGGAGGAGCCCCCACCCUGCUCCAAGUGGUUGGCACAGAGACCCCCUGCUCCUCCAUCGCGGUCAGCCCCCACCUGCCUGGCGAGCUCUCCUUCUGCACCCACAGCGGAGCCCUCUACGCCUGGAAUGUGGAGACAGGGCUCCAGAAGCUGCACCAGGACAGCGAUACCCUCUUCUUCCGGGACCCUUCCCCUUGGCGAUGGAGCGAGUUUACUGCCCACCCGCGGGUGCUCAGCUUUGCCGACCGUACCGGCCUGGUGGGGAUUGACCAGAGGGCGCCCUCUCAACAUCGCGUGGAGCUGUUCAAGGUGGGCAGCGAGGCAGACUGCCAGCAGGGGGAGCGCGUGGUCCUCUCCAAGUACCUGGGCCAGGGGGAGCCCUACCAGCACCUCGUUGCCACUCAGUUCUCGGUCUACGUGCUGGACGAACGCAUCCCCCUGGUGCCUGCCCUCAGCUGGGAGCACAUGAUGUUGCGCCCGCCCAUCUAUGGCCUCCUCAGCCCGGCCGUCGCUCCGCAGCGCAGCCACAAGCUCCUGCUUGGCUCCCACCACGACCAAGAACUCUUGCUGCUGCAGUACGCAGGCGGUGCUGACUCCCCUUGCCAGCUCUGGGGCCCCCCACGGAAGGUCCCUUCCAUCCGCAAGAGCCUGCCCCACUUCCCUGUGCAAGUGCCCAUCCUGCAGGAGGCUCUGCGCCAACGUCUUGCCUUGCCCACUGCAGGCAUCGCGGCCGCCCUUGGCCAGCAGGGCCAGAGUCAGACCCUGCUGGUCUUCCAGCUCUCCGAAGCCGGCGAUCUCUUCUACCAGCCCUUGCUCCACCAGGAGGAGGAAGAAGGAGCCUCCGAGGGGCCGCAACCGGCUCCAGAAGCCCCGCAGGAGGAGGAAGAAGAGGAGGGUGCCCCCCGAGGCCCUGACGAAGCAGCCGGACCCCGCGAAGACUCCCCUCCGCCACCUGCAUCGCCCGCGGCACCCCUCGCCCCCUCUGUGGCCACCCUGUAUGCUUACCAGCGCUGGCUCAAGGCCUUCCAGAAGGCCUGGAAGUGCCUCCCCAAGGCAGCCCAGGGCCAGGCACGGCUGCCGGCCGUCCUCAGCCAGCGCCGCCUCUUCGCUCGCCGGGAGCUGAAGGAGCCGGCCGGGGAUCAGGCCCCCUUCUACGGGGAGGCCCGGCAGCGCCUGCGCCAGGCCAUGCAGGAGAAGCGGGUCGUGUGCCCCCGGGAGCCGGUCGGCAGGGCCCCCUCGCCCCCAGGCCCAGAGCAGGAGGGCCCCCCGGGGGAGCUGGGCCAGCGCCUGGCCGCCUCCUGGGCCGGCGGCUGGGCUGACUGGUGGCAGGAGAAGCUGGGCAUGACCAAGGCGCACAAGCAGCGGGCGCUGAGGGAGCAGCGGCGGAGGCGCAAGAGGGCGCGGGGCACCCCCAGCCUCUCCGGGAGCUUCACCUCCACCACCAGCUACCAGUCGGACGCCAGCGACUCCUCCUGGUGGGCAGCCAGCAGCCAGACCCCCAGCGAGGUCCCCACUGACUCGGAAAGCCUCCACUCCCUUGCUUCUGCCGCCAUGGCCAAGAAAACCCCCUGCGUGGCGGCACCCGAGCCUCGCGUCUCCGUUCCCUGCUCCCCGACUGCUCCCCAAGGCCCCCGGCCCGCUUCCCAGGGCUCCCCCUCGUCCUCGCAGCUGCUGUCGUCCCAGACCCUCUCCAUCCGCGGGAUCCCCAAGGAGCGCCGCCAGACCCUCCGCAACUACCUGGCCAUCUUUGACGAGCCCGAGGAGCCCCCGGCCGAGCUGCCGGCCAGCCAGGCCUCCAGCCGCGGGAGCCAGCGCCCCACCCCCUCCUCCCAGGGGCCCCGCAGGAGACCCCGCAUGGGCUUCUGAGCCUCGCU